GUCAGCUCAGCGACUCAGCAGCAAAGAUGGCACAAGCAAUGGGAGGCAAGGAGCCGACAAAGAAGAUCAAAGCAGCCUUGUUGGGCGCAGCAGGAGGUAUUGGUCAACCACUGGCACUCUUGCUCAAGCAGUCUCCGCACCUUACCGACCUCGCGCUCUUCGAUAUCGCUCCCGUCGUCAAGGGUGUCGCGGUAGAUAUCUCCCACAUCUCCACGCCCUCGAUCGUCACCGGCUACGACAAGGAGGAUGACGGACUCGUCAAGGCCUUGACGGAUGCAGACAUCGUCGUCAUCCCUGCCGGCGUUCCCCGUAAGCCAGGCAUGUCGAGGGACGAUCUCUUCAACAUCAAUGCCAGCAUCGUCAGGGACCUCGCCCAAUCGAUUGCAUCCACUUGCCCCAAAGCCUUCAUCUGCGUCAUCUCCAACCCUGUCAACUCGACCGUGCCCAUCGUAGCAGAAGUCCUCAAAAAGGCAGGCGUAUUCGACCCAAAGAGACUCUUUGGCGUCACCACACUCGACAUCCUGCGAGCUCAGACCUUCUCGGCCGAGAUAAUCGGUCAAUCCAAUGCCUCGUCUACGUUCAACGUGCCCGUCAUUGGCGGUCACUCUGGCGUCACCAUCCUGCCCCUGCUGUCUCAAUCGAAGCCACCGCUCAAGGGCGUCUCGCAAGAGCAGAUCGAAGCCCUCACCAAACGCAUCCAAUUUGGCGGUGACGAGGUUGUGCAGGCAAAGGCAGGCGCAGGCUCAGCAACGCUCUCCAUGGCAGCAGCUGGCUUCCGAUUCGUCGAACGACUGAUCGAUGCAGCCUUCAAUGGCAAAUCUGGCGUCGUCGAGGACUCCUACAUCCUCCUCAAGGCAGAUGCGAGCGGAUCCAAGGAGCUCCUCAAGCACACCGACAACGUCGAGCUUGACUACUUCUCCGUGCCUGUCGAGCUCGGUCCGGAAGGCGUCAAGAAGAUCUUGCCCAUCGGCGAGCUGUCUGAGUACGAACAGACGCUCAUGAAGAAGGCCGUCGAGGAACUCAAGGGCAAUAUCGUCAAGGGUGUCUCUUUCGUAGAAGCUAAGCUCUGAAGGAAUCCAUCAUCGAACACAAAUGCAAAGUGCUACAACACACAACAUGGCUUGACCGUCUGUUCUGCUACAGCUCUGAAGAGCUAGUCCAAUGAGCGAGUU